UGGCCGCCGCGCGCCGCUCCCCCCCAGCUCGCCUGUGCCUCUCACUGACUCUCUCCUUCCCUAGCUGCUGCUAACUCGGGUCGGGAAAAUGCGACAGCGACUGCCCACUCGAGGUCGUCAUGGCGACAGCCAGUGAACGUGUUCCUCUCCUCGGGCAGGCCCCCGAGUGUAGAGGAGCUGCUUCGAGAGGCGCAGCUCAAUCUCCAGAGCCUGUUGCAAGAAGAAUAUGAGGAACACUACUCGGAGGCCAGACUUCUGGGGCAGACCUUUCGCUCUUCUGAUGAGGCCCCUGAGCCCACCCCCAACCCAAGGCCCCAGUCUGCCAGGCGUCUGGAGUUUGUAUUGAUGCCUACAAAACGGCAGCUGAGUGAGGAUGAAACUACCACCCAGGGUGUGAGGGCCCCGGAGGCCUCCCUGAGCCUGUCUACCACAGCCGACAAGCAAACUGCCUGGAAUAGCUUCUUCCCUCCGCCCUUCCUAGAGGAGAAGCGGUGGCCUCAGCCUUGCUCCACACAGUCUGACAUUGUGCCCAUCAACAUCUCUGGGCAGCAGUUUGAUAAACAUGCAAGUUUGCGACACUCAUUGUUUAACACAGAGACAGCCGUGAACCCCAAGUCCACCCUGAGGCGGAGGCGGACCAUUAUUGGAUUCUCUAACUUUUCCCAGCGAGACCAAGGUCACAGCCACAGCCCAGCAGGCACUGUGGCCCACUCGACCACCUCCGACAUCAGGCCCAGUCACUCAGCUCCGGAAGGGGUUCAUGGAAGAGUUGCAGAUGGUCAGGACGCUCGGUUCCCAAGCCUUUCCUCGCCAGUACUGAAAACUCCUUCCAGUGAGCCGGACGAACCUCACCAGGCACAGAGUGGCCCAAACCCUCCUGGCAUGGAGAGCAUGGGAAUGGUGUACAGUGUCCCCAGUUCUUGCAAUGGACCUACAGAAUCAACCUCCACUUCCUGGAAGGGAGAUGCUUUUACCUACAUGACUCCAAGUGCCACCAGCAAGAACAAUCAAGUCAAUGAAAGUGGGAAAAAUCCUUCCUGUGGGAAUUCUUGGGUCUCUGUGAACACAGUCCCACCUCUGGUUCCUAAGGAGGCUGCUACUCUCCUUGUCGCUCGUGAUAACCCAGCAGGAUGCAGUGGGUCAGCUGGCUACCCUGAGCGCCUUAUUCAGCGAAGGCACAUGACAGAAAGACCCUCCAAGGUUGGCCUUCUGACCAGUGGGACCUCGAGGCUGGAGACAGGCCCCGGUGGAGCCAGCAGAUUCCGGGAGCGGUCACUGUCUGUGCCCACAGACUCAGGCACCGCAGAUGUUGACUAUGAUGAGGAGCAGAAGGCCAGUGAGGCCUGUGCCUUGCCUUUUGCCAGUACGAGCUCUGAGGGCAGUAACAGUGCUGACAACAUCGCCUCCCUUAGUGCCCAACAAGAGGCCCAGCACAGAAGGCAGAGGUCCAAGAGUAUCUCACUCAGGAAGGCCAAAAAGAAGCCUUCCCCACCCACACGCAGUGUCUCACUAGUCAAAGAUGAGCCAGGCCUCUUGCCUGAAGCACUAUCCAAGGACCAGAGGCCCAAGAGUCUUUGCCUCUCCUUGGAACACCAAGGACGUCACUCGUGCCACCCAGAUGCUCAGGGUCACCCAGCUGUGCCAAACCUCAAAGAUCCAGAAGGUACACAAUUCUCCCACCACUGGUAUCUUACUGACUGGAAGUCUGGUGACACUUACCAAUCCCUGUCCAGCUCCAGCACUGCCACCGGCACCACAGUCAUUGAGUGCACCCAAGUUCAGGGCAGCUCAGAGUCUCUUGCCUCGCCUUCCACCUCCAGAGCCACUACACCUUCCCAACUCUCCAUUGAAGUGGAAGCUAGGGAGAUAUCCUCCCCAGGAAGGCCCCCGGGACUGAUGUCACCCUCCAGUGGCUACUCCAGCCAGUCAGAGACACCAACUCCCACUGUUUCCAUGUCCUUGACCAUGGGCCACUUACCCCAUGCAAGCAGCAGUGUCCGAGUACGUCCAGUGGUACCUGAGAGGAAAUCAUCGCUACCCCCAAUGUCACCAAUGGAGAGAUUUUCCAAGUCACGGCUAUCAUUUGACCUACCACUGACCUCUUCACCCAACCUGGAUCUGUCUGGGAUGAGUAUCUCCAUCCGAAGCAAAACCAAGGUGAGUCGGCAUCACUCAGAGACAAAUUUUGGUGCCAAGCUGGCCCAGAAAACUAGUCCCAACCAGCCAAUCAUGCCUAUGGUUACUCAGUCCGACCUACGUUCUGUUCGCCUGAGGUCGGUCAGCAAGUCUGAGCCGGAAGAUGACAUUGAGAGCCCUGACUGUGCCGAGGAAACCAGAGCAGAAGUCUUCACCUUGCCAGAGAGAAAGAUGAAACCUCCCGUAGCUGAGAAGCCUCCAGUGGCCCGAAGGCCUCCAAGCUUGGUUCACAAGCCACCAUCUGUCCCCGAGGAGUACCCACUAACUUCGCCAACCUUGGCUAUGCCCCCCAGGAGCUCAAUUCAACAUGCGAGACAACUCCCUCAAGACAGCUACACGGUGGUGCGGAAACCAAAGUCCUCCAGCUUCCCAGAUGGCAGAAGCCCUGGGGAGUCAACAGCACUCUCAUCUCUUGUUUUCAUGCCUUUUGCCAGUUCCUCUGGUGCUUUCUUCUCAGGAACACAGCAGCCUCCCCAGGGAAGUGUGGAGGACGAGGGCCCCAAGGUGAGAGCCUUGCCUGAAAGAAUUAGCCUCCAGAGCCAGGAAGAAGCUGAGAAAAAGAAAAGCAAGAUUCCACCUCCCGUACCAAAAAAACCCAGCGUGCUGUACCUGCCUCUCACCUCUCCCACAGCUCAAAUGGAGGCCUGUGUGUCAGAACCAAGGCUCUCUCUCAGCCCCAUCAUCACGCUGGAGGAAGACGCCAAGUGUCUCCCAGCUGGCAAUGACCUGCAAUCACCUGGUCAAAGAAUGACUUCAACUCCACAGGCUGACAGUGAAAGGGAGGCAAGCCCUCUGGGGAGCUCUGUGGAACAAGGCACCGAAGAAAAAAGUUUAAUCAGUGAUAAAACAGCCGAAUGGAUUGCGGAGGAUGAUGAUGACGUGUUUGUGGCUUCACGCACAACUGAAGAUUUAUUUACUGUGAUACACAGGUCCAAAAGGAAGCUGCUCGGCUGGAAGGAACCUGGUGAGGCCUCUGUGGGCGGCAGAGCGAGCUCCCACUCACCAAUAAAAAACACAGCUGAGUUUCCAAUCAGUGAGUCUACCACCACCGCAGGGUCAGGCAGCGGUGCCAACCUAGAUGCCGGCAGAAACGACGAUUUCAAGGCCUUGCUACAGAAGAAGGGAAGUAAGGCAACUCCAAGGUCUCGUCCCUCAGCAGCUGAACUGCUGAAGACCACUAACCCACUGGCUAGGAGAAUUAUUGCACAAUUUUCAAAAGACUAUGAAACCACCGAUAACCCCAGUAUCUAAGCCCUGGGCUCAACAAGCAGGGUUUACUUACUAAAUUUGAGUAGAGAAAGGGGAAGAGAAAGGGUCUUUAAACAGAACCGUGGGAAUAACAGCAGAGCCUACAUUUCUUUCACAUUAACUCAUACUCUGGACAGCAGGAGAGAGGCUAUUUCAUCUAGAGCUAAAGCCAUCUGGCACUUAAUCAUCCUCAGACAUUUUUAUGUUUUCAUACUUAUAAGCUUGUCAUGACUGACUCCCGAGUUUCUUCUUACUUUCCCCCAGUGGUGUGCACUAACUAAGAAGAAAUUUUCAGAUGCCAGGGCACGUGUGCCAGUUUUUCAAUUCAAUGACCCGGCUGCUCCAUCCCUGGCUUCUGUCACUGAGGAGUGCAGUGUGAGAGCGUAUUGGAGGCUGCCAAACCUGGGGGGCGCAGGGCGCCAUUGCUCAUUAUUCACUUUCCUGGGGAGGCUCUGAUGGCUCUGUGUACAAAUACAGAAAGACUCUGAUGCCUCCUCAACCACAGUUUAGCUUUCCCCUGCACUCACGAGAGGUUUGCAGGGUAUACUUAUUUCCGCAUGGGGUUGAUUGGAUGGCUUUUGUGGUGCAAAAUAUGACUGUGACUCCGUCCAGAAACUUAAUGCCUUUUUCAGUUUGAUUGUCUACACGGAGAUCAGGGUGACGAGUUUCAAUAAACAUAUAGAUCCCCCCACAUUAGCUAGAAAAGACCAGGACUGGGUUGCUUUGAAUGAACAAAGCUUGACCGACAAACAAGACAGCCAUUUGUUCACUCAGAUCUAGCCGAGGUAACUCACAAGUGCACCUUGAUAUCCUCCAUGGGUCUGUCAACAGUGAUAGACAGGAUCUGUGCCCAGCUCAUGCUGCAUUCUAAGAACUCUCAUUUCAUUUGCAUAUAACAUUCAUUACAGGAAGUGAUUAACUGAAAGAACAGCAUCAUCAAAGGCGCAAGGAGAAUGAAAGUAAGUGCAUCUUGCCCCUUACCAGUCAAUUCAGAUCAUGGUUUGUGGUUGGUUUGGUUUUGUUUAAAGGAAGUCUGAAUCUGUUCCAAAAACCAAGAACAUAUAAACUGAAAGGAUCUAUCCAAAACCUAAAAGGCCGUCUUGCCAGUUGCUAUGGCCCACAAUGCACACACACACACACACACACACACACACACACAAAGGGCUACUUCUUGCCAUUUGGGUUCUGCUGUUUGAUCAGCUUUCAACUAACAUUGCAGGGGGAGAGCAUAAGAACCUGGGUAAAUGGCAUACUGAAAGAGCUUCAGAAUAAUCAUUGUGACCUCACCCCACCCCCACCCCCAUGAAGCUCAUAGGCACUAACUAUGCUUGUCAGCUCAAUUUUCUAAGCAGAGCAAGAGCAGUGAUUCAUUUGAUUUUUGUAUGCCUGAUUUCUGGGAGGUUGGUGGUGGGGGAGACAAAGCAUUGAGCAAAGAAAAUCUGCUGAUCAAUGAUGGAAAGUUAAUUGUCUACCGUCUUCAAGAGGCAAAAAGAACAGUAGAAUGAAAUCGUAGUGUGCUUCACAAAGAGGGUUCCCUGGCCCCUUCCUACGUCACCCCCCACCCAACAGAUUCAAUGGUCAACCUCCUGGAGGAUGCAGUAAGAGUUCCAGAGAUAAACAGAUCUCAACUUUGAUAGGUCGUAUUGCCCAAUGAGAAGCUAUGUCUUAGCUCAACUGCCCACACUCCAGCUGGACCGAGCAGCUGAAAAAGUACUGAGAAAACUUCUCUCACAAGAGAAGCCCCAGGCCUAGACCCUUUCUUGUUAGAGUUCUGAAUCUGAGAUUUAUGGAAGCAGGCCAGGUCCCCCCAACUCCCUUGCAAUGAGUACUUCUUUCCGAUUUAGAAAGAAGACACUUAAAAUAAUAAAUAGCUAGGCCCAGUUGCUUUUGAAGGUAUUGGAACUACUUGGUGUGAAGGUCUUAACCAAAUUCCAAAUUUUAGGGAUUUUUGCCUGAAAUAAAAUCAAUUCAUCCUUGGCCUCAGUUUAUAUAUGAAUGCCACAUUUGUCUGCUCCAGACUCAGA